AUGUUAACCAUGUCUACACUCAUGAUGCCAGCUGCUACGAUGACCACAAUGACGAAUGCUGGACCGAUCCCCGUGGCUGCAGCCAGCAAGCUGGAGCCAGCGAAGCUGCUGCAGCUGCCGCACGGAGCCCUAUUGCCGCAGGUUCCUCAGCAGCCGCCUCCUCAUCACCCUCAGCACCAUCCGCACCACAACAACAAGCUUGAACACUACCACAUCUUCGUCGGCGAUUUGAGUCCUGAAAUUGAAACGCAAAGCUUAAGAGACGCCUUCGCGCCCUUCGGAGAAAUUUCGGACUGCCGGGUGGUGAGGGACCCUCAGACCCUCAAAUCAAAAGGAUAUGGAUUCGUAUCGUUUUUGAAAAAAUCAGAAGCGGAGUCUGCGAUCACGGCCAUGAACGGGCAGUGGUUGGGUUCACGCUCCAUUCGCACCAACUGGGCAACCCGGAAACCACCAGCGCCGAAAAAUGAAUUGAACUCCAAGCCCCUGACCUUCGACGAGGUCUACAACCAGAGCUCACCGACCAACUGCACGGUGUACUGCGGAGGUCUCACGACUGGUCUCACGGAGGACCUCAUGCAGAAGACCUUCCAGCCCUUCGGCACCAUCCAGGAGAUACGCGUCUUCAAAGACAAGGGAUAUGCCUUCAUCAGAUUUUCCACGAAAGAGAGCGCGACCCACGCCAUAGUAGCGGUCCACAACACGGACGUCAACGGUCAGCCUGUGAAGUGUUCGUGGGGGAAGGAGUCGGGAGACCCGAAUAACGCACAGGCUCAGGGACAGCUCGGUGGCACAGCGUACAGCCCAUUCGGCGCCGCGUACACGGCUGGGGGGGUACCCCCCACCUCAUACUGGUACAACACGUACCCCCAACAACUAGGGGGCUUCCUGCAGGGGGUACAGGGGUACUCUUACGCCGGACAGUUCGCGGGAUACCAGCAGCAGUAUAUGGGCAUGGGCGGCGUGCAACUGCCGUGGGCGCUGGGCGGCGGCGUGGGCGGUGUGGGCGGCGUGGGCGGCGUGGGGGGAGUCGCGGCCAUGUCUCAGCCACCGCAGGUGCUGCACUACCCGCUGCAGCACUUCCAAGUGCAGCCUAUCGGGGAGGAUGAGUGGCUGGCCCCCAGCCUCCUGGUGUGAGGUCAUCGCGCCCCCCCGCCCGAAGCCUGCAGCUGCCACAAGGAAUGGAUGUAACACUCUACUUUCAAACUUGCAAGUCGGUUAAAUGAUUUACUUACUUAAAUGUUUUAGGCAAAGUCAGUGCUGUUUCCUGAUUUUGAUGAUUGUUUCUAAAAAAUGAUUUUAAAAUGGCGGAUUUUUCAAAUAGAGUCCGCGCCAUAACUCAAGUCCGAGGUGCGGCGCUAGUGUCGCAGUUUCUGCAUAAACUUACUAUGACUUGUCAUUUAGUUCUGUUUAAAUCCGCAUGACUUCAGUAGUGGCGCUUACUCUACAUAUAGUGUUGUGAAAGACUCAAUUCGACUUAUUCUUUGUCUUUAGAGAGUCGAGUUUUUGACAACCCUAAA